UUCCGUACUCCUAUCGAAAGCAGCACAGUAAACUCGUGUAUUUUGUGUAAAAAUGUCGAAAAAACCUACAACGGGACCAGCCUUGCAUAAAGUAAUCAUGGUUGGAAGUGGCGGUGUCGGGAAAUCGGCCCUGACACUGCAGUUUAUGUAUGAUGAGUUUGUGGAGGAUUACGAACCAACGAAGGCAGAUAGCUACCGUAAAAAGGUCGUACUUGAUGGCGAAGAAGUACAAAUCGAUAUUCUGGAUACAGCGGGUCAGGAAGACUACGCUGCGAUCCGCGAUAACUAUUUUCGUAGUGGAGAAGGGUUCCUUUGUGUGUUUUCUAUAACGGAGGACGAUAGCUUCCAGGCAACUCAGGAAUUUCGGGAACAAAUAUUACGUGUCAAGAACGAUGAGAACAUUCCCUUCCUGUUGGUGGGCAAUAAAUGCGAUCUGAAUGAUAAACGGAAGGUACCGCUAGCGGAAUGCCAAUCUCGCGCCCAACAGUGGGGCGUGCCAUACGUUGAAACAUCCGCUAAAACUCGUGAAAACGUUGACAAGGUAUUCUUUGACCUGAUGCGUCAGAUUCGUUCACGAAAGACGGAAGAUUCCAAGACAACAAACGGUCGAGUUAAAGACAAAUCCAAGCGAAGGAAAAUCAAAUGUCUGCCAUUAUAGAGCCCGAAAUUGGUCCAGUUUUAUUGAUUGCCGGCAUUAUUCUGGUGAUACGACACGUUCGUAGACAAGAUGGUAAUAUGACAGAGGUAACAAGUGAGCAGUGCACUCACCGUUUCUUAAGGAAUCAGGAAAGCUCUUCAGCUCGUAUUUUGUUUCUAUUUUUGAACAUUAAUUUCGUUCCAACUACUACGUCACUAUCCACAUUCAUCACUAAACAAACAAUUGGAAGCAAACCUCAAUAUCCUGGUCAAGGAAAAAAAGACGGUUUGAUAGAUUAACUCUCAAAAUUAAAGUUUCGCUAUAAUUGAAAAAACUCGGGCAAACGUUAAGAAUUAGUACCGAAGCAUGCGUAUACUCAGUGUUUAUGUGCAAAACGGGGAUAAAAAAGGAAAGAAGUGAUAAGGUAACACGCUUAUCCGUAAAUUCUAAGGCUUUUGUAACCUUAGCUAUUCCACGUGUUGUCACUCGUACACGUUAAGCUACCAUUAUACUUGUUUUAAAUAUUCUCAAUUAUAUUUGUAAGUGCACGACUUAGGUUUGCUGCUGUGAACCAAGCAGCCAGGACAAAUAUAUAUUAAGAAAAGCAUAAUCUUUGUUUAAAAAUGGUGUAUUCUCCUCAUUAUGGAUGGUAUAUGGAAUUAUACAAGCCACUAACUACUCAUUCAUGUCUCCUCAGAGGUUUCUGUAUACAUUGCAUAUAUCAGCUUUGAACAUAAACUGCCACAACUAAACAAUGAUUGAGCUGCACAUUCCUUGUCACCGAAUUGAAUCGAACUUGUGAUUCAAUACAUCUCGAACAUAUUUGCUUAGUGAUGGACUUACUUAGUUGAAUUCAUCGUUUCAUCCAUUCUCGCAUCAACAUGAUCAAAUAAACUACUCGCCUAUGUGCUGUCCCAGUUUCGUGCUUUGGAUUACAAGAUAGUUUUGAAAUGCUUAUGAAAAUAACAAACAAUUGAUUCGAAUUGCACUUUAAAAAUGUAGUGUUUUAAACCAGCAGUCGCUUACAGCUUUUUAAAUGUUGAAUAUCCCAUGGAAAACUUUCACAAACUAAACAUGCUAAGGUUUAUGGAUAAAUCUCCUGAAUUUGAUAUUUUUCAAAUCAAAAUGCAAAUAUGGCAACAUAAUAAACAAAUCAUUCUUAUCCCACAUUUCUGCGGCGCCAAAUAUCAUCCUACGAUGGCUGUUCACAACAAAACUUGGUCUAUGGAGUGCAGAUUUUUUAUGAUCUUAUCCGGGAUAUUUCAAACCGAAAGAAAAAAACCCAAAACACUGUCCCACAACCAAACCGGGACCGGAAAGGAUGUUGUCGGAUUCUGUAAACAUGCGUCUACUCUAUUCCCUCGCCUUGAGGCUCGUCCACAAGCCACUAAUCCUAAUGUAAAAUGAUAUUACGACACGUGGUAAAUAUAUUUUCAAAGGAAAAGAUUUUUUUUGAAUUAAGCAAAAAUUUGAGCAUAAGAUAAACGAACGGAAUUAAACUAUCUAUGCAUGCAUGCGUUUCCUAUCUAUACUUAAAAUGUUCCAUUCUGCCACUAUGAAUCAGAAAUAACACGAUAACGGUAAAACUAGAAUAAGUUUGGUUGAGAGUUUACCGUUAGUGUCUUAUAUUUAAGUUUGUAUCAAUUUUACGGCAAGGCUUGAGAUGAUAUUUACCUUCAUCGGUUUUAUGUAUUUGAUUCUGGUGCAAGCAAUAGGUUAUUUUCACUCAAAAAUUA